AUGAGCGUGACCUUGCCUCGCUGGCGCUUGGUCGUCGACCAGGCCGGCAUCACCCCCGAGGUAAAAAACUACAAGUACGACGGUUCCGGAACAGAGAGCGACCCGUAUCUGGUGAAAUGGAUCCCCGACGACCCUCGUAACCCGAUGAACUUCAGCGCGUUCACGCGCUGGUCCAUCACCAUCGUCGUCGCCGUCGCCACCCUCGCCGUCGCCCUCGUCUCCUCCGCCUACUCGGGCGGCGUCGCCGAGAUCAUCGCCGCCUUCCGCAUCAGCAGCGAGGUCGCCAUCCUGGGCGUCUCGCUCUUCGUCGUCGGCUUCGCCGUCGGCCCGCUCCUCUGGGCGCCGCUGUCGGAGCUCUUCGGCCGCCAGGUCCUCUUCUUCGUCACCUACGGCGCGCUCACCGCGUUCAACGCCGGCUGCGCCGGCGCCCGCAACGUCGAGACCCUGCUCGUCCUGCGCUUCUUCGCCGGCGCCUUCGGCUCCUCCCCCCUGACCAACGCCGGCGGCGUCAUCGCCGACAUGUUCCCCGCCUCCGAGCGCGGCCAGGCCAUGGCCGUCUUCGCCGCCGCCCCCUUCCUGGGCCCCGUCCUCGGGCCCAUCAUCGGCGGCUUCCUGGGUAUCGGCGCCGGGUGGCGCUGGGUCAUGGGCUUCCUGGCCGCCUUCUCGGGCGCCCUGUGGAUUGCGGGCGCUUUCCUCGUGCCUGAGACGUACGCGCCGGUGCUGCUGCGCCGACGCGCCGCCAAGCUGUCGCAGAUGACGGGGAAGCAUUACCUGAGCAUCAUCGACCGCGAUCAGGGACGUGUGUCUUUAAGCGAUUCGUUUAAGGUGGCUCUUUCGAGGCCUUGGAUCCUGCUCUUUAGAGAGCCUAUCGUUUUCCUUAUGUCGCUCUACAUGGCGAUUAUAUACGGAACCUUGUACAUGCUGUUCGCCGCCUUCCCUAUCGUAUACCAACAAAACCGAGGAUGGAGUGCUGGAAUAGGUGGCCUUGCUUUCUUAGGAAUCUUGGUCGGCAUGAUAUUCGCGAUCGCGUACACGUUUCCCGACAACAAGAGGUAUAUCAGGGUCCAGGAAGCGCACGGCGGUUUUGCCCCUCCGGAAGCUCGACUUGUGCCGACAUUGGUCGCGUCCGCGUUCCUGCCUAUCGGGCUUUUCUGGUUCGCGUGGACCAACUCUCCGUCGAUACAUUGGAUGGCUAGUAUCGCGGCCGGCGUUCCGUUCGGUUUCGGAAUGGUUCUCGUCUUCCUAAGCGUCAUGAAUUACCUUAUCGACUCCUACACCAUUUUCGCCGCCUCCGUCCUCGCCGCCAACUCCGUCCUCCGUUCGCUAUUCGGUGCCGCUUUCCCCUUGUUCACGAGUUACAUGUACGCCAACCUCGGCAUCCACUGGGCGUCGUCGAUACCCGCGUUCCUAGCGCUCGCCUGCGUUCCGUUCCCCUUCCUCUUCUACAAGUUCGGCCCGGCCAUCCGCAAGAACUGCAAAUACGCGGCCAAGUCGGCCGCCUUCAUGGAGAAGCUGCAAGACGCGCAGGCCAGCUCCGGGCGCGAAGAUUCCGAAGAACAAGAAGAGAAGACGGAAGAAAGAACGGCAAGUACCGGGGAGUCUGAGGCCGGGAUACAGACGGAAUCCAUCAGGGUACGCAGACGCACGAAUUCGUGGGCCACCAGCGGCCAUCACAGUCUCGCCCAGACGAGAAGUAAUACUUACGAGGGCAACCCGUACGAUAUCGACAGAGUUAACACAAGGGAAUCUUUCGCUUGA